UUUUGAUUUUGAUUCAUAUUUCUGUGAUCCGUAUUUCAUUUUCUUUUAAGAUCUUUGUAAUUGACGGAUCCAGGAAGAUUGCGAAAUUGCUUUGACUCUUCAAUUUGUCUGCUGAGAAAUCUUCAACUAUAGAUAUGAGUUUUCAAUUAUUAAUCGAAAUUGAUGACGAUAAGCCUUACUUUCUAGAUCUAGAAGGAUUUGAUCCCACUCUAGAUCUGGUUCUGUUUCGAAAUGAAAAUGAUAAUUUUUGGAGUCGGGGUUCUGUAUGAUCUUAUCUUUUGACCUCAUGAUGAUGUGUUUCUGUUCUACUGAUAUCAAAUUUUUGUGUAAUGAUUUACGAUCUAUUUUAAUUGAACUAGACUUUGCUUUUCGCAGUUUGAGUUUUGGUAAUAUAAUGUUAAAAGCUCAUUGUAUCAUGAGGAUGUUUGAUUUUCUGGGCCUUUGGAAACCGUAGUCUAUGAUUGUUGAUGCUUGAGGUGCAUGAUCCAUUUGUUUAAGAACGAAUGUUGGGGAAUGCGAUUAAGAGUUGCCCAAAUUUUGCCUUUGAAAUCAUUAUUGACUUAGAACUUGAUUGUGCUGACUUAUUGUUUCAUCAGUUGACUUUAACUGGAAAUGAAAAAAACGUAGAGAAGACUUGGAUCUCAUUUGCUGUGUUUUUCCAUUGCAGUUGACUUGUGUCGUUGCCAAAGAUGGCCCUGGUUUCUGGAAGAUCAACUUUGAAUCCAAAUGCUCCUCUCUUUAUCCCCGCUGCUCUCCGCCAAGUGGAGGAUUUCUCCCCUGAAUGGUGGCAACUGGUCACCACCUCCACAUGGUACCAUGACUAUUGGCUUAGUCAGAACCAGGAUGAGGAUGGCUUCUAUGAUAAUGCUCAUGAUAACUAUGACAAUGUGGCUGAUUUACUGCCUGAGACCUUUGAUCUCGAUGCUGGGGAGGACUUCUCUAAUUUUGAAGCUGCUCAGUUUGAAGAGUUCCUCCAGUCGACUCAAACUGAAAAUAAAAAUGGGUUAGAUACAAGUGCCACGGUUCUGAAGAAUUUGAAAGCAUCAGAAGGAAGACGUCCCAAGCUGCUGGUGGAGCCAAGGAAGUAUGCAGAGAAGCCAGCCAAGUUUGUGAGUCCAAAAUGCAGUCCCCGCUUCAUCCAACAGCCUCGUUGAAUUAGCUUACUCCUGUUUAGUUUAGCCAGCGGCAAUAGUUUCUUUCACUCCCUGUAAUUCCUGUCUAGAGCAAGGUUGAAACUCUUUGCUUCCACCCUUGUUCAUUCCGCGCUUAUCCUGUUCAGUUAACUAAAAAUACCCUUCGAGUAAGAAACUUGUAAACAAAAAAAAAAAAGUUGUAAAAUUUUAA